AAUGAUACAAUCAUAGCUGAUAGACAUUUUGCUGGGAUCAUUGAUUUUUCGCAAGCUGAACGACAUGGGUUUAUUCAAGCUUUUGUUGCUUUCUGGAUGCAGCGACAUGAAAACACUCGCUCUGAGGACACACUCUAUAGUGCUGCUGAGGUAUUGCUCCGGGGGUGUGAAGAGCAUUUCCGUGCAUCUGUUACGAGAAUCAAAAAGAUUCAUGGCGUUGUUCCUGUUCAUUCAGAAAAACACUUUGAGGAACUAGUGUUGGGCCUCAUUUCUGCCAAAGAUCUUGAUGACUUCCAUGCACGAGUUGAAGUAAUUCAACGCGACUUUCCUCUCACUAAUUCAUGGCUUGGAUGGUGGCUUCGCGAGAGUAAUGCAAGAAUGCUUUUCGAAACUCAUACCCAGAUGGAGCCGGAUAUCUGGACUUCAAUACCGAAUACAACGAAUGCACAAGAAGCUCAACAUUGGAAGCUUUAUAGUGCGGUUGGACGGGACCAUGGUCUCCUUGAAGGUCUUGAAGCAUUACAUGCUGUUGCCGAGACAACCGUCAAGCUAUUCACUGCAAAUCUUGAAGGGGGCCUUAUCCGCUAUGGGAAGGCAGAGCCUUGGAAGGCAAUGAUCAAUCUGAUUGGCCGUAGCAAACCAAGUCGAGCACCUGGUGGGCGAAAUACAAAACAGAAAUCUGAUGGACGACCUCCAGACACCAAGAAGGAUCUUCUUUCGAGGACACCUAAAAAGUCAAAAGAGUUGCCGUCUACACAUCACACAAGUUCAGCAAUAGUAGGGCCAGCAAGUUACCGGUGGGACAACAUGUCCUGUUGGGCUGACUCAGCUUGGGAUCUUCUGUAUCGCAGUAUAGUCAAGGAUUGGGCAAGUUUCUCAAGCCGUUUUAGCUCUGACUCACAAACUGAACGUCCUAUCCGCGAUUUUUACAACCUGAUGCUCCUCCGGCGAAAUGCUGAGCAUGAUUCAUUCAUUCUGAAGGUCCCUGACUAUGAUCUCUCUACAGCUCUGAGUAGUCAGCGUGACCAAUUCCGACGUCGCCUUGUAGAGUGGAGGAUAAUUAAAUCAGAUAAUGCAGUAGGAAAUGCCUUUGAUUGGUUUCCUCAAGUACUGAAGGAUAAGCUCAAUGACGAUCUUGAUGAUGACAAUUGGACACAGUCCUACUUCCAAACCAUGUUCGUCACUGUCAAGCACUGCUCAGGUGAUGGCAAUGGUCACCACUACCAGGUGUGCCAGAAACCAGAGAUACGUUACCUUAUUGUUCUCCGACAAGCUGCAUGCCAAGAGUUCAAGGGUGAUCUUCUGUCAUGGCUCCAAACCUUUGCUAAUGUGAACCAUUCUCCCCAAGCUCUUCCUACAUGCUGGUGUGCAAGGGAUGGAGAAUCCUGGUGCAAAGGCAAUCAGACAGAUGUAAAGUUUAUCUUAUCCCUGCCUGUUGUAUUGAUUUUGGAGGAGGAAGAAUGUACAGCAUCGACAGAGUUUUGGAAUUUUCCAGCGCUACUGCAACCAUACAAAUCUGGGGAGCUGGCAACAGUGACUUAUGAUAUUGUUGGUCGAAUCUUCUACAGCCGCAGUAAAAAUCAUUAUAUCAGCCGAUUUUUAGAUGAAGAUGGGAAAACAGUCUGGACUUACGAUGAUAUGGCUCAUGGCGGUUGUCCAUAUGUUGAGCCUGGCGCAACUGCUGGCACCCACCUGAUAGGCAGCAGCUCUACUCUCAAGUUACCGUCUGAUUUCAUUGGGGCCUUUGCUAUAUAUCACCUGCGAAAUGGAACAAGCAUGCAAGAGGCCAUAUACACCUCACAACUUGCAGUGGCUCGAAGAGUUCACCAUAUGAUGGUGGAACCUGACAGCCUUCGACAUCACAUCCCAAAAAUAUGGCUAUCUCGAGCGAAGUUUGCACAACUUACCCCACAUGACCUAACAUGGCUGAAAAACCCAUUCCGUUUGGAUACUCUUGACUAUCAGGAAACCGCUGAGUCUAGUGGUACCAUUCGCAUUCCUCCUCGUUCCACCUUGUCCUAUCAACCCAAUCAUGAAUCCUCACCCUUCCUGUCAUCACCAACUUCAAAGAAUCUGCUUGGACCAAAUUCAGUCUCUCCACAGGAACAGGAUCAGAUGCACUCUGUAGAGACUCUCGACCAUGGUCUCAAUGUGGAUUUGAUUGAGGAAUACCUCCAAGAAGGCACAUCAGACUUCCAGUUUAUGUGCAGAUGUGGAAUCACAACGACAAACGAGACACUAGUGGUUCACAACAGCAGUACAGGUGAUAUCAUUCAGUGCGACAACUGUGACAUUUGGUCACAUAUUGCAUGUCAGAAAGAAGGUCGAGCGGGAGGGCUGAGGCAGACAAGAGAGCCUUUCCAAUGUGACGACUGUGCAGGGAACUCACGAGCAAUUAUUGACAGCUUCAUUCCCGGCAAGAGAGCAGCAAAAUUGGCUCAGAAUGCGACACAAAGACUUCAUACACGGCUACGUGUCGAUCAGAGCUCAAUUAUUGACGAGCUUUGGGGAAACCAACACCAACGCAGACAGACAAGGCUUGGACGAUGGGACCAUCCACCAUUGCGUCUCAGUGAAGAAGAUAUCCUCAUGCAAUUUGAGAAUUAUCCGUACACAGAGGAGGUCAAUGAUGCCCUGAAACCGCAUCUUGAAUUUUUGCAGACGUUGCACUGCUCUCCACAAGAUUGUUCUGUUGAAGAAGUUCCGGCCAAGGUAUAUGUUGAAAAGUCAAAGAAGCCAGUACAUCAAUGCACUAUACCUUUCACUGGCGGCUUGACUAUCGAAGACCAAGCCCGAGUUGCGAAUUGGUUCGAAAAAUUUGUCAGUCAAACGCCAUCUAUCUCCCGCUCCAAGUGGCACUCUCUUCUUGCACAUGCACAUGCCAUAACCUUGUUCCUUGACCAUCGACUUCAUCGCACUUCCACAGGAAUGUCCGAGUCUGAACGCCUUCACAAUGCUUGGAACCACCAGACAACAACAAGACAGAUUUCUUCAAAUAGCUCAAAUACCAUAGAUGUUGACCUCGAAUGUCUCGAAUAUCUGGAAACUCGCAUGUUUGAACGAUCAAGAGAGGCAGGUGUGGCAGGCUGGUACCAAUGGGGACUUGACGUUGGUUAUCACCAGGACAAUUGGGAUCCGUAUAUAGGACUUCGAGAGGGAUUGAAUCACUUCAAUUUUCAGGAUGAGAAGGGUGAUAGCCUUGAGGUUGGAUCUAAUUACAGCAGGUACAUAGAUGAUAAGGAAGGUGAAAAGAAGAAGAUAGAUACGAAGGAUGAAGUUUUGCAGCAGGCAGCAGGACUGACUCCGAGACCAAAACCAAGAAGCAUGCGCAGAACCAAGAGAAAUCGAGCGGAGGUCGAGGAAGAAGAGACAGGAAAGUUUGAGAGGUUAAGCAAGAGAUCAUCGAGACAAACGUAGUAAAUGAAUGUAUACGGUGGGCUAUUAGACACAGCUAUAGACAAUGUAACCUUCUGCUGAUAAAUGCAUGGGGGUUUUGACCGCAUACAAAGAAGUUUGUGUACAAGGAUUCCUAGGAUCCUAAGAACGCAGGAACGUCGUAGAGUACUUAUAUACCAGUACCAAGAUAAUGACAUACCACUGUUUUCCUUGAAGGUGCGUGUUUUCUGUGUUCGAGUUGUUGUGCGUGUCACGCUUGUGCACGCCGUGCCACGCGGCGACACGUCGAUUUUCCUAUGCCCCCUUUGAGCGCCAGUUUCCAAAGUGUCAACAUCCGAAGCUACUGGCUCGAGUCUAUCCUGGGACCACCUACGGGGAGUCGUGUAUCAAUCUAUCUAUCUAUCAGGAUGCUCCAUCUGCUAUAUAAAUGACAUCAAUCUCAACAAUCGACUUGUUCGUGGAUCACCUGAACCCCACCACCUCACUA